AUGUCCUUACCAGAUCUCGACAUUGCGGGCCUUCAACCAACAUCAUCCCCAAGUUAUCUUGGGAAUAUCGGCGCCACGUAUCGGGACGACAUCAUCACAGCAGCGAGCGGCCUAUAUGUCUACACAUCGACUGGUCACAAGUUCCUCGACUGGACGUCUGGACAAAUGUCAUGCCUACUUGGUCAUGGCCAUCCUGAGGUAGUUAAGGUCAUUGCAGACCAUGCAGCCAAGCUGGAUCACCUGUUCAGUGGUAUGGUAUCUCCGCCAGUGAUAUCUUUGGCGGAACGACUGGUCGAAAUGCUCCCACCUGGCUUGGAUAAGGCAUUCUUUCUCUCGACAGGCGGCGAAAGCAAUGAAGCGGCGAUCAAAUUGGCAAAGAUGUUUACGGGCAAGUUCGAAAUCGUAGGGCUCGGGGCGAGCUGGCAUGGGAUGACGGCCCAGGCGUUGGGAGUGCAGUAUCGAUAUGGUCGCAAAGGAUACGGUCCAAACAUGCCUGGCAUGUUCGCGUUGCCAGCGCCAAAUGCAUAUCGCUCCACUUUUCGCACACUCGAUGGUGGCCAUGAUUGGGAAGCAGAGAUGAUGCACGGCUGGGCCAUGAUUGAUAUGCAGUCGUGCGGCUCUCUGGCAGCCUGUAUCGUAGAGUGCAUCCAGUCCUCGGCAGGCAUUCAUGUAUUGCCUGCUGGAUACCUCAAGGUUCUUCAGAGAGAAUGCACGAAGCGAGACAUGCUGUUGAUCGUUGACGAAGCACAGACAGGGAUUGGUCGGAGCGGUGACCUGAUGGCAGUCAUGCACGAGAGGGUCGUGCCCGACAUCGUCACUCUGAGCAAGACGCUGGGAAAUGGAAUCCCGCUGAGUGCAGUCGUCACCAGCACCGAGAUCAACAGGGUCUGUCAGGCUCGUGGCUUCACGAUGUACACCACGCAUGCCAAUGAUCCUUUGCCAUGCGCUGUUGGCGAUAAAGUAUUGGAGAUCGUCAUGAGGGACAAUCUGGCUGAGCAUUCGAAAGCAAUGGGCGACGUUUUGCACGCCGGGCUUCGCAACUUGCAGCGCAAGUUUGGGUGUAUUGGUGACGUGCGAGGCCGUGGUCUCAUGGCCGGAGUGGAAAUUGUGUCGGACAGGGAAACCAGAUCGCCAGCGGUCGAACUGGGCCGCAGCAUAGCAGAGAAAGCGUUCGAGCUUGGCCUGUGGGCGAACCUGAGCAGCGACUCGUAUUUCAGCGGCGCAUUGAGAAUUGCUCCACCCAUCGUGACAACCAAGGCAGAGAUCGAGGAGGGACUGCGUAUACUCGAGCAGGCUCUUGCAAGCACGCUAGGCACCUUCCCUUUGCAGGACAUCUAG